UUUUUUAGAUCUUCUGCCGUUUAGCCGGUGGUAUCCGACUAAGAGAAACCGUCAGGUAUGGGAGGAUUCUAAACUUAUAUUUCAACUAGCAGACAAGAUAUUACAUCAAAAGAAACAGACGUUGGGUACAAAAGAUUGUGGGCAGGACCUGCUGACGUCGCUAUUGGUUGCAAGGGACCAGGAGGGCGGAGCUAUGUCAGACAAGGACCUUUUUGGAGAAGUGAUAGGAUUCUUUUUUGCUGGAUUUGAGACGACGAGUAUUGGCAUGACUUGGACCCUCCUACAACUGGCACAGUACCCAGAUAUCCAGGACAAGGUCAGAACAGAGGUCAAUAAAGUGAUGAAGCAACACAGUGGUGUUAUCAACAGUGAGAGUCUAGAUCAGCUCAAAUACCUCACCUGUGUCAUCAAGGAAACACUCAGGUAA